AUGAAUGUCUCGCCAAUUUUGACGUUAUUGGUACUCAUUUUACCGCUGAUCACAUCGUGUCUAGCAGUGACUGAUAAUAACAAUGAUGGUAAAGAUAGUGACGGAGCUUGUGGUCACAGUCAUUGGAUGCAUUGCUCUUGCGCGCCUGGUAUCCCAGGUAUUCCUGGGAGCCCUGGGCCCGCGGGGCCCGCGGGUGUAGCGGGAUCGCCCGGCCCUCGAGGACAAGCAGGGGACAAAGGAGUGGCAGGGACACCAGGAACUCCAGGGUCUACGGGCCGCGAGGGUCCACAAGGAAUUAAAGGUGACGCUGGCGACAAAGGAAGCCACGGAGCCCCUGGCCCUCAAGGCCUACCAGGGACAUUGGGAAGUAACUGGAAACAGUGCGUUUUCAAAAAUCUGAACGACGAUAGGGACAUUGGAUUAGUCAAGGUAAACAAUUGCAUUCGUGUCUUCCUCUGAUGGGUAGAAAAUAUUUUCCCGUCAUUUUUAGGCUGUUGAGAAACUGAAACUAAUAGGCAUAGAAAAGUAUUGUCUCAUUAUAAGGCGCACUGCGAUUAAUCAAUUUAGAGGACAGCGCCACAGUCAAAAUUUGUGUUUGUUGCCAAAACACCUCGCCAUUUAUCACCAAUUCGUGUCAUUUUUCAUAGGAAAAUAAAGGUUUAAUCAAGCGUUUGCUAUAUAUUGUAUGUCCUGAAAAUGUGUUGACGACUGGACAUCGAUUAGAAAAGGAUUCGUUUUGCUUUCGACGUGCGUUAAUCAUCCCAUUUAAAGGCGUUCCGCGUAAGGAACCCUGUCCAAACCAGUCAGACACACAGAAGAGAUAUGAAAGAUACUCAACAAACUUUAUCUUUCCUUUCCUUAGCAUAAACAAUCUAACCUUGGAUUUUUUGAUUAUCAAUAUAAAUCAAAGAGGAAAACCGCUGUUCGUAAUUUACAGUAACGACCUCAAACUCGCUAAGUGUAAUACGUACUUGGAGAACCUGAUGUUAGAAAGUAUUGCAAUCGUCGCUAGCUUUAAAAAAGCCGAUUUUUAACACAUUGAAGGUGCAUCCUAACCAGUCAAUUCAAAUUCGCUUCUUUUUUCGUUAUCUUUUUUUCUUGCUUGAAUUCUGUGAAAUUAGUACUUAAAAAUUGGUCCAGCUUCCUUGUGCUAAGAUGAUUCUUGAUUGUAGCAAUCCAUUGUUGAUGAUAUUUUCAGGAAUGUGUUUUCAACAAAUUGUCUCCCAACACUGGCCUCCGUGUUUACUGGAAUAGCGCUCUCAGUAUCUACAACUGCCACGCUUGCUGCAAGCGGUGGUAUUUCACCUUCAACGACGUAGAGUGCUCGGCCCCCGCCGCCAUUGAUGGUUUAGUGUACAUGGUACAUGGGAAUGGAAACAAGAAGAAUUUACACCGGGUGCGACAAAUCGAAGGUGUAUGUGAGAAAGUCCCCCCGGGAAUCGUGCGCGUGGGAUUCUGGGUCGGCAAUUGCCAGGGUGUCAGAAGUGCUGACGCGUACACGGGCUGGAACUCAGUAUCCCGGAUUUACGUGGAAGAAGUGCCACCCCCACAGGACUAAAACCUGUUAAAACUACGUCAAGUCUGUCAAACUUAGAAAAACUAUACGUAAAGCUCUUAAAAAAGCAAAAUCAAAAUAGUGAGGGUUAAUGAGCGGCUAAUAUCAUGAGUUGGAAUAAAUAAAAUAGAAAUCUAAUAAGCAUGGGCUCAAAUUGAGUAAAAGCAGAUGCAAAUGGUAAACUCCGAAAUUAAAAGGAUCGACGGAAAAUCUAUCAUUUUGUAAAAUCUAUUUCCACACACGUUGCUUUUGACAAAGCUGAUCCCAGCCGUAUACAAAACACCUAGAGCCAUAGCAUCCUUGUAAUGGCUUAACUAACGAACGAACUGUCUUCCAUGUACAACAUCGGACCCUUAAGACGUCUGAUUCUUUGUAAGGAACUCAAUUUUUUUUCGAUUUCUCGUGCUCCUAACAAAAGCAAAGCAUCCUUCUUCUUUCGAAAGCCGAAAUUAAAAACUACAAAAACUAUCUUCCUCCAUCGUUAUUUAUUCGUGAUGAAAAAGGUGACAGAUCACCGUGAGGAUAAAUCUGCGCGCAGUGUGGACAAAAAUCCAGGGCGGGUAUUACAGCUUCUCAGCGAAAGCAAUAGCGUUCUUUUUCAAUUUCUUCCUGAACCUUCUUUUCCCGCUGAAAGUGGCUUGAUAACCAUCACUGUUUCGGGACUGGUCACAAGCUCUUAUAGCGAGAGCUAGAUCUUGGUCAUGUUCGGUGACAAGAUUUAUCACUGCAACAGAAACAAAAGAAUCUGUACCAAUUUGAAUACAGCAUGGUGGAGUGGGUGCAGUUAAUAUUCUGUAGAAUACUUAAGAUGAUCUGUAAGGGAUACAUUGCGACACAAUCUUGAAAAUACCACAGUCACGCGAACACAACUUUGGCACAAUUGUAUGUAGCACUGCGUACUGAAAUUUGAUUAAUGGCACUACUCUCUUGGGUUGUCCCAACUGUUACAGUUAGUCAAUGCGCGGCCCAGCCUGGGUUCCCAUACGACCCAUACGGGAUGACAAAGCGGCAAAAUGAGUGCGCGUACUCCGCUAUUAGAACUGUAUGAGCGUUCAUGGCAACCAUUAUUCUUCGUCUGCAAACAAAGCUGACGCGGGUUUUUACGCCGAGACAACAAACUUUUUCUCCACGAGGUUUACCUACUGAGGAGACAAUGAUAAGAAGCGCUCAAGCGAUAAAAAAUGCUUCAGACUUCGUGGUCAAAAUACGGAUGCUCUACUUCUUAAAAUUCACAACUGUUAUAGCGAUAGUUUUUUUGGUUGAGUGAGAUAUGUGACGGAUGAGGGUCGACAGAAACCUUCCUGAAAACGGCAACCUUACCUGCAUGUUUUAGUUUGAGCUUAUCUUCGCAAGUGACAAAAAAAUUUGGGAAUUUGAAAAAAUGCCGCCCUAUUGCUGCAAUAGUGUUGCUACAGAAAUAUCGUCGUUCCCAUUCCUUUGCGCUCGUAAAAUUUCUUGCUCGUUAUUAGCAUGCACACUAGUUUAGCCGCUGUGACGUACGGGAUAUUUAAGUUUCUAACAAGCGAAAAAUGGUCUCUUCAAAAAGUGCCACGAAACCACCGAUUUGGAACGUCUCUUUCAGAUUUUUAUUUUUCACUCAGUUUCAGCAGGGGCCAUUACUUAUUAAGUAAUGGGCUCCUGGUUUCAGGACUUAAAGUUUCGUGUUACCGGUUCCUAAUUGUGUAAACGCUGGAACAUCUGUUUUGUUUUGUUAAAUGUUUCGAUUCAAUACAUGCUUUCGCUUAGACUUUGCAUGGUUAGUCACCGUACCAAUUUUGUAAAGAGUUCAGGCUUGAACUUCUUGUCAAAGCCCUGUCAAGCGAAAUGUCGCUUUUAGACAAAGUGAUAUUUUGUCCGCAUGGAUUAAAAAAAACUCAUAUCCUACCUUUACCCGAUGUACCCGCCCUAGCCAAAUAGUUAUAGUUUGAUCAUUCAGAAUGACAUGUUUCUAAAGCACUGAGUCACUCUCUCCUUGCUCUGCAGUGCCAUUGAGAAAGUUAUAAGCUUCCUCUGCUGCUUUUGUCGUGUUAACAAACACCAACACCCGUAAAUUUUUCAAGCAAACUGGCUCAAGACAGGCUUCUCAUUGCCGUCCUUGAGUUUCACCAUCAAUUUUAAUUUCAUUUUCAAGAUCCAAUCUCUCAGCACCCUUUCAAAUGAAUACGAUUUGUCUUCCUCUUUUUUACUGCUAGAAUCAUUUGUGCUAUGAUCAACAUUUACUUUCUGCAUGGAAGUUAUGUUUCCAUUCUUUGCUCUUCCAAUAUUGCUAAGGGGAUACCUGAUCGACCCCGCUAGCAAAUUCAGGCAACGCAACAACUCAAGCAAUUUAAGAGCAUCUUCUACCUUAACGUAACAUAUAUCUACUGUUGGCCUUGUGUGAUGGGCCAAAUCUGUGGAGACAAAUUCAGACAAAAGACAAAAGCAAAACCAAAACAGUCCCGGAUUACUUUCAAUACUCAGUUGAAAAGUGCUUGAUAUCGUGGUGAACUCUGAGUUAUUCCGCCGCAUAAAAUGUAUUUUCACUAUGCUUUGAAUGGUGACUGAAUCCCAUUGGAGGUGGCCAAAAGGAAAAUCACGGUGAAUUGAUAUCAAAUCGCAUGUCGAAGAGCCCGACCUUUUCACAUCCAGUCUCCUAAAUGUUUGUGAGGUGAUUGCUAAAGUUAUAAAUAUUUCGAGAUAAAUUAAUUGAAAGACCCUUGGAAUACCACCCCUCUCCCCGUUAAUCGCUCCUCUCCCAUCCCCCACUCAUAGGUAUUUCAUUCUUCUUGAAUACGAUGAACUAAGGCGUGACCUGGCAGCAGUCCGCAGUCCGCAGAUCACAGAAACUUUCUGGUUGAAGACUCGUGCAUGUGAUAUUGAGUAAGGAGAGGGUUCUGACGGGCUGUGAUUCAACAUGGCAGAACGGGUUCGAAACCAAAGAAAAGCGAAUUAUCAAGAGAAUGACUUCUGUUUCCCGUAACUGAUCCCCCCCGCGGGUUUUUAAAUCAAAAGAAGUCACGAACUUAUCCACACCGCUAAACGUAGGAAUAAGUGGUAAGUAAAUAAAAAAUAUGGUAAAACAGAUAGCGCUAUUUAUCGUGGGAAUAUGUUGAAAUGCGCUCUUUUUCAUGAAAGAACAUCUAAUCUUGUGAACGAAGCCGAACGUUCGCAACACGGACGUGACCGGGAAACCUUACUAAGUAGUUUAUUACGUGUAGAUUAAGGUCGAUAAUUAACUGUUUUGUUCCUCUGUGCAUCAUCGUUUAUGUAAAAAAAUUCAAAACAUGUCCUGAAGUAAUUGGGUCAUUUUCCUGUUGGACCACAGUGGUACGUUAGUUCCGGCCGUUUACGUUCAACAUGUCUAUAAAUAAUGAUCAAUAAAGUAAAAAUAACGUUUUUACCCGUUCCUAAGAAGUUGUUAAGAUAUUGUUGAAAACCUUAGCCUUGACGUUGGUAUAAAAAUGGUUCGUCCUCAAGUGGACGUGCUUGGUCUGUUUGCUGACCUUGCUUUGGACUCACACGAAAGUUCUUGUUUUGACUGACUCAGUCAGAAGUUGACUUAAUUGAUCGGAAGCAUUAUGACUAAGUACUUAAUAGUUCAAAUCGAAAGUCUCGUGAAAUUGUUUGGUUUAGCGUUCUAACAACAAAUAAUUGAUCUCCCAAUGUCAGCCAGCUAGCAUGCCCACCCAUAUCAGUCAGUAGUGAAUACAUAAGCAUGUUCUUUAGAGUUUACUUAGAAGAGAGUGGGGAGAAGAGAGAAAAGAGAAGAGAGUGGGGAGAAGAGAGAAAAGAGAAGAGAGUGGGGAGAAGAGAGAAAAGAGAAGAGAGUGGGGAGAAGAGAGAAAAGAGAAGAGAGUGGGGAGAAGAGAGAAAAGAGAAGAGAGAAAAUAGAAAGAAGAGAAGAGAAGAACUGACGUAGACAGUGUGCAGUAGAGUGGAGUCAGAAUUCCGCAGUUGAAGUUGAAGUAUCCAAUGAGAAUCAGCGUGUGAGAGCCUAAGGGAUUAACCAGAGUUACACAGAAUGAAAUAAACUUGGAUGUAAGUGGAAUUGUGUACUGGAGAACCGAGUAAUUGAAGAAAACAGAAAAAGACGGUUUGAGAGUCCUGGUGCCUUUCGCUGGGCUUGGUGCGCUCGAUAGCUAGUUCCCCUUGACAUUAAGUCAGUCGUAACAUUAUCUGUGAUCUUACGAUGUAAAAAACUAUAGUGGAUCGCGACUUUCAACUGAGCAGAAGGACGUGACGCAACAGUAGAAAUGUUUAUGAAGCAAACGCUUUCCUACCGAAAGCGAAACUUGUGUCCAGAAUUCAACGUAAAAAAAAAAAGCUGACCUUAACACGAAGUGAUGGAUUUAACAUAAAAUGAUAUGGUAACGCGUUAUUGAUUCGAGUUUUACGAAGUACAUUACGAGCGUUGUUAGAUAUUGUAAGAUCAAUCAGAUUUGCUUGAAACUAUGUGACAUGUCUUUAUUUAUGGUGACCCCCGCUCGUUCAAGCUGAAAUGUGAUUGAGCGGAAGUGAGCUAACAUACCUCUAAUAAAACUACUUCCGGUUUACUAAGCACUUGAACAUGACGUUUCAGUCAAUCGCUUGCUGAUUUGAUUUGGUUCCGGAGUUUCCGAGAAACGUACAUGACGUCUAGACAACACCCACGGCUAUAUGUUAGCGUGAGUAUUCAGCUGGCGUCUCGAAGUUUUACAAUAUUCAACAGAACACAAUAUCGUGCCUCUCGAUUUGCGGUGACAGGAGAAAAAAAUCAGUGCAAGGACCAUAGCUGAAGUGAGGUAAGGAUAACGCACAGCAUUCGAAAUUUGUUGCAUCCAUGAGAUCACAACAACACCUCGUUUUUUUAAACAAUUUCCGCCUGAAUUUUUUGCGUUUUUACCAAACUUAUUUUCCUUUAAAGCAAUCCUUGAUUGCCUUUCAUUAUCGGUACUUGCGUUGUAAAGUGAUCACCUUUUCAAAGGGUGUGUUGUCUUUAAUAUCUAGGAAACAGGUAACAUUUUUAAACAAGCUCGAUACAGUCUGUUGAUUUAUACGCCCUUCGAUGGAGCAUUCUGCUUCGGUUAGACUUAAUUUCUCUCAAUCAGAACGGUUUAGAUGUUGAACGAUCCGUUUUUGUUUCGAAAAUGAGCUUGAGAGCUCUCGAAACUGUAUUCAAGAGCUUUCACUACUGUGUACUGUAAGUGGAAUUGUGUACUGGAGAACCGAGUAAUUGAAGAAAGCAGAAAAAGACGGUUUGAGAGUCCUGGUGCCUUUCGCUGGGCUUGGUGCGCUCGAUAGCUAGUUCCCCUUGACAUUAAGUCAGUCGUAACACUAUCUGGGAUCUUACGAUGUAAAAAACUAUAGUGGAUCGCGACUUUCUACUGAGCAGAAGGACUUUUCUAUUGUAAUCACCUUUCUUUAAGUUGAAAUUUACAUCCUCUCAGGUUACGAAUACUUUCACAGAAGUAUUAAUUGGCAACUUCGGGGCUCAAAUUUUGGCUAAACUGGAGAGAAAGGUUGUGUUUUUUUAACCACUCAUUAACUUUUUUUUAAAGCUAUUUUGAUAUCUUUCUCAUUCCUGACAGCAUUGGGACACUUUCCUAACUGAUUUAAACCCUUUCACUCCCAAGAUCUCAUUAGUGAUUCUCCUUACGGUCUGCUAUAACAUUUUUAUGAUGUAAGUUUGGAGAAUUUGGUAUUAGAUCUACAAAUAAUCUCCUAAUACAUAUUUUUCUUUAUUCUUGCCACUUGUCUCCUUGAUGUUAUUGUAAGGAAAAAUUCUGACUCGGUCACUAGUGGGAGUUGUAGGGAUUAAUUUGAUUUGAAGGACAGAACGUGAUUGGGAAUUUCUCAUUACAAAUUUCGAAAUACAUUUUGACAGAAAUCUUUUCCGCUGUUAACCAAAUCUAUUUUGAUGAUCUACUUCACAUCGGAACUGUAUCAAAGGAUUUCCCAUACGUCACACGUUCAGGUUUCAUUCUAACUAAUUUCCGGUGAUUGUACUUGAAAAGCAAGUCCAGUAAGGAAAAAUCAAUCAGUAUUUUCAAACAUCUAAGAACUACAGUUUGCCUCUUUCUUAACACAAGGCGUCUUGUGACUUGAACGCAACUCCUUCCACGUCAGGUCGGGUGAGUGUUAUAGUUAUGUCAAAGAACAACUUACUAGACAACGAGCAGGCUCUCGUCAAUAGCGCUCGGCAUCAGAAUGUUUGUUCGAAAAUAUGAUGCCUUGCGCAAGAGGGUUUCAAUGGGCUGAUGGCUUCUACGACCAACGGUUAAAAUUUUGGCCAUUUUACGGCUAACGGUUUAUAUCUUUCCACUGUGUUCACCAGAAACAUUUUCGCAAUUCACUUUGGUUAAGACUAACGGUUAAAAUUUUGGCCAUUUUACGGCUAACGGUUGAUAUCUUUACACUGAGUUCACCAGAAAAAUUUUUGCAUUUAACUUUUGGUGAGGCUAACGGCUAAAAUUUUUUAAUUAUUACGCCUAACGGCUAAUAUUUUUGGCCGUUUUUAGGGCUAACGGUUAACCCUGUUGAGACCCUCUGGGCAACGCGAGCCGGUGCGAGGUCUGUGAGAGAUCUAGCAUUGAUAAUGCGAGAACCCAAGCAAACCUCUCCUCGACUACGGCGACUCGUCACGGGGGAAGAAAAGCGUUCCAAUGCGUUCGAAUAUGAUGUCAAAAAUGGGUGAUUUCUUUCUUGUAGAUAUGUCACGCCCCUUAAGCGUUGCGUGACAUCUCAAUGCAAUGAUGUGUUCACUCCAUUUUCCUACAGAUCAAUCGGGAUUUAACAGAUUUACUUUCCACAAUGAAUGCCUCGCCAAUUUGGACUUUAUUGGUACUCAUUUUACCGCUAAUCACAUCGUGUCUAGCAGUGACUGAUGAUAACAGUAAUGGUAAAAAUAGUAACGGAGCUUGUGGUCACAGUCAUUGCAUGCAUUGCUCUUGCGCGCCUGGUAUCCCAGGCAUUCCCGGGAGUCCUGGACCGGCAGGGCCCGCGGGUGUAGCGGGAUCGCCUGGCCCUCGAGGACAAGCAGGGGACAAAGGAGAGGCAGGGACACCAGGAACUCCAGGGUCUACGGGCCGAGAGGGUCCACAAGGUGCUGCCGGCGACAAAGGAAGCCAAGGAGCCCCAGGCCCUCAGGGACCACCAGGAACAUUGGGAAGUAACUGGAAACAGUGCGUUUUCAAAAAUCUGAACGAUGAUAGGGACUCUGGAUUAGUCAAGGUAAAUGAUUGAAUUCGCAUUUUUAUUUGAUGGGCAGACAAUACUUUCCCGUCAGUUCAAGCUGUUGAGAAACUGAAACUAAUAAGCUUAAAAAUAUAUUCUCAUCUCCUCAUUAUAACGCGCACUGCGAUUGGUCAAUUUAGAGGGCCGCGCCAUGAUCAAAAUUUGUGUUUGUUGCCAAAAUACCUCGCCAUUUAUCGCUAGUUCGUGGCAUUUUUCAUGGGAAACUAAAAGCUUAAACAACUGUUUGCUAAAAAUUGUAUGUCCUGAAAAUGUGCUGACCACCGAACAUCGACUAGAAAAGGAUUCGUUUUGCUCUCCACGUGCGAUAUUAAUUUGAAGGCGUUCCGCGUAAGGAACCCUUUCCAAACAAGUCAGACACAAAGAAGAGAUAUGAAAGAUACUCAACAUACCUUAUAUUUCCUUUCCUUACCUUAAAUGAUCUAACCUUUGAUUUUUUUAUCAGUAAUUUACAAUAAUGACUUCGAACUUGCUAAGUGUAAUGCGUACUUGGAUAACAUGAUAUAAGAAAAUACUGCAAUCAUCGCUAGCUUUCAAAAAGCGGAUUUUUAACGCAUUGAAGGCGCAUCCUAACCAGUCAAUUCAAAUUCGCUUCUUUUUUCGUUAUCUUUUUUUCUUGGUUGAAUUCUGUGAAAUUAGUACUUAAAAACUGGUCCAGCUUCCUUGUGCUAGGAGGAUUCUUGAUUGUAGCAAUCCAUUGUUGAUGAUAUUUUCAGGAAUGUGUUUUCAACAAAUUGUCUCCCAACACUGGCCUCCGUGUUUACUGGAAUGGUGCUCUCCGUAUCUACAACUGCCACGCUUGCUGCAAGCGGUGGUAUUUCACCUUCAACGACGUGGAGUGCUCGGCCCCCGCUGCCAUUGAUGGUUUAGUGUACAUGGUACAUGGGGAUGGAAACAAGAAGAAUUUACACCGGGUGCGACAAAUCGAAGGUGUAUGUGAGAAAGUCCCCCCGGGAAUCGUGCGCGUGGGAUUCUGGGUCGGCAAUUGCCAGAGUGUCAAAAGUGGUGACGCGUACACGGGCUGGAACUCAGUAUCCCGGAUUUACGUGGAAGAAGUGCCACCCCCACAGGAUUAA